CAACCCCCGCAGCGCCUACCUGGGCUGGGCCUCGACGGGCGACAACAACGCGAAGCUUCAGGGCUUCGUGAUUCAGUACCGGACGCGGCUACACCCCGAGUGGAAGGACGCCAAGAACCAGAUUCCGGCCGCGGAAACCUCUUUCACUGUGAACAUGAGUCCCGGCCUCAACUACACCUACCGGGUGCUGGCCUUCAACCGCGUGGGCAUGUCGGAGCCCAGCGAGGACACGGCCGAGUGCUCGGCGCCGGGCCUGCCGCCGGACUUCCACCCCGAGAACGUCACCGUGAGCGGGCCCGCCCCCGGCGUCCUGCACGUCUCCUGGGAGGAAAUGGAGCCCGAGGACCACAACGGCCCCGACUUCCAGUACAAAGUGUCUUGGCGCGCUCUUGAUGACGACGACGAUGACGACGACGCCGACGAGGACGACGGAAACGCGACUGUCGCCGAGGAGGAUGGAGACGAGGACGGCUGGCAGACGAAGAUGAUCGAGGACUGGGAGGAGUCGGAGUUGGAGCUGGAGAACCUGCCGCCCUACCAGGAGUACGAGGUGAAGGUGGAGGCGCGGAACUCCUACGGCGAGGCCCUUGAAGAAGCCGACGUCAUCACGGGCUUCUCUGGCCAGGAUGAGCCCGAAGUUGCGCCCGCGAAGGUCAGGGUUGCCGACGCUGACGCAACGGAUGUUGUUCUCACUUGGAAGCCUGUAGACGAAGAUUCCCUAAACGGGCCUCUCCUUGGCUAUAAGGUGGAGUACUGGGAGGAGUCAGACGACAGCGACCCGGAGGAAAUUCUGACGACGGGUCCUGUCGCCCGCGCCGAGCUCACGGGUCUCCGCCCCUUCACCAACUACCACGCCCGGAUUAGCGUCGCCAACACGGAGUACACAGGGCCGUCCAGCGACACAGUGGAAUUCACAACUGCUGAAGGAGAUGCUGGUGCAGUCUCUGACCUAGAGGUGCGAGCAAUGGGCGCUGACAGUCUGGUAGUGAAGUGGGACGCUCCCGACGAUCCUCAGGGCGUAAUCCUCGGAUAUGAAGUCAGGUACCAGAAAGUAGACGAAGACGGAGAGGAGGAGUGGGAGCACUACGAGGGGCACAUCCCCGCCUCCACCAGGAUGGUCAAGCUCGCCGACCUAGAGGAGGAGGUCAGCUACGAGGUCAGCGUCGCUGCCGUGAACGGAGCCGGGGAAGGUGAAUGGACAUCUUCCACGGUUGACCUGGAAGCGCCUGAACCACAGGUGCCAGCUGUGCCUGUAUUUAGCUGGUCAUUCCAGAAGGAGGUCGAGGAAGACCACACAGACAGAGACGGGGACGGCGAUGUGGACGAGGAGGACAUCCGAAAUAAGAAUAUGAUUAUCGGUGAUACUGAUGGGGACGGCGACGUAGACGAGGACGAUGUUCUGGAUACAGAUAAUGAUGGAGAUAUUGACGAAGAAGAUAUUGCAGUCGCUGAUAUCGAUAAUGAUGGGGACGUCGACGAAGAUGAUGUGGAAGCUGCAGAUAGGGAUGGCGAUGGAGAUGUCGAUAUUGCUGACAUUGGUGAUGAGGACGGAGACGGAGAUUUCGAUGGAGACGAUGUUAUCGCAGCUGAUGAGGACGGAGAUGGCGAUAUCGACGCAGCAGAUGAGGACGAGGAAAACGUUCUUUUGGAAGACAAAAAUGCAGAUGGGGUCAUUGAUGAAGACGAUGUUGGCGAUAUCAACAACGACGGAAUCAUCGACGAAGAGGACUUAGAUGAAGCAGAUAUUGAUAAUGACGGGGAUGUCGACGAAGAUGACCUCAAAAUUGCUGAUAAAGAUGGAGAUGGGGAUGUCGACGCGGCAGACGUCCUCGACCUGGACGGCGACGGAAGAGUUGACGGGGACGACCUCGAAGUCACAGACAGAGAUGGCGAUGGCGAUAUUGACGCUCGGGAUUACAAGUUGAAGUCGAUUUUCUUGUCGGAUGUGGAUGGCGAUGGAGAUGUUGACUCUGAUGAUGUUAUCGACGUUGACGACGAUGGUGACAUAGACGAAGAUGAUAAAGCCAUUGCUGAUAUUGAUAACGAUGGGGAUGUAGACGAGGAUGACGUUAAGGCAGCUGAUCGGGAUGGAGACGGUGAUGUUGACAUUGCAGACAUAGGAGAUGAAGACGACGAUGGCGAUAUUGAUGGGCAGGAUGUUAUUCUUGCUGAUAAAGAUGGUGAUGGUGACAUUGAUGCAAGCGAUGAUGAUGAAGAGGAUUCUCUCCUCGAGGAUCGCAAUGGCGACGGCACCAUCGAUCGUGAUGAUGUAGGAGACCUCGACGGCGAUGGGGAUGUGGAUCUAGAAGAUUUUCAGGCUGCAGAUAUAGACGACGAUGGUGACGUAGAUGCGGAUGAUGUCAAGGCAGCCGACAGAGAUGGCGAUGGAGAUGUUGACGCCGCUGACGUCCUUGACCUUGAUGGCGAUGGCGAAAUUGAUGGCGAUGACCUAGAACUGGAAGAUCGCGAUGGUGAUGGUGACAUUGACAUCAAGGAUGUUAAAUAUCAACAUACAUUACUUGCAGACACGGACGGUGAUGGAGACAUUGAUGAAGAUGAUGUUUUAGAUAUUGAUGGUGAUGGAGAUAUUGAUGAAACUGACAUCAAGGCAGCAGAUAUUGAUGAUGAUGGUGACGUAGACGAGGACGAUCUGAAGCAUAGCGAUAGAGACGGAGACAACGACGUUGAUGCGUCAGACGUCCAGGACCUUGACGGCGACGGCUUCAUAGACGAAGACGACCUGGACGUGAAGGACAAAGACGGCGACGGUGACAUUGACCGCGACGACUUCCGACUCCGAAAGGUCAUCCUCGCUGACACCGACAACGAUGGCGACAUCGAUGAGGAUGAUGUUCUUGAUACGGACAAUGAUGGUGACGUCGAUCAGGAAGAUAUCGAUGUAGCUGACAUUGAUAACGAUGGUGACGUCGACAAGUAUGACAUCGCGGCCGCCGACAGGGACCAUGACGGAGACGUCGACGUGGCUGAUAUUGGAGACGAGGACGGCGACGGCGACGUAGAUGGGGACGACGUGAUCAAGGCCGACAAGGAUGGUGAUGGUGACAUCGACAAUGAAGACGAUGAUGGAGAGCAUGUCCUUCUGUCGGACAUUGAUGGCGAUGGGGACAUCGACGUCACCGACAUCGAUAAUGACGGUGAUGUUGACGAAGACGACAGAAAAGCUGCCGACGUUGACAACGAUGGCGACGUCGACAAAGACGACGUGGCUGCGGCGGACCGAGAUGGAGACGGGGACGUCGAUGCGGCUGACAUUCUAGACGUCGAUGGCGACGGUGACGUGGACGCCAAAGAUCUCAUGGCGGCGGAUAAGGACGGCGACGGAGAUAUCGACCAGGCGGACGUGGAGAACAUGGACGUGUUCCUCAAGGACACGGACGGCGACGGUGACGUUGACGAGGACGACGUGCUUGACACGGAUCACGAUGGAGACGUGGAUGAAGAGGACAUCGCCGUGGCGGACAUCGACAAUGACGGCGACGUCGAUAUGGACGACGUGAUUGCGGCUGACCAAGAUGGCGAUGGAGACGUCGAUUUCAAAGAUAUUGGAGACGAAGACGGGGACGGAAACAUUGACGGCGACGACCUGGAGGCGGCCGACCGAGACGGCGACGGCGACGUGGACGCGGCCGACGAUGGGCGCGGAGUCGACGUCGUCAUCAACUGGAAGCCCGACUUCGACAAACACCCCGGAGUCGACUUCUACGUAGAGAGCAGGAUCCAGGGGACGAGUGAGUGGCAGUCGUCGCCCGUAGAGCGCCGCCACCUGUACCAGACGCUGAGCGGGCUGGAUCCUCGCAGGAACUACGAGGUGCGCGUCGUGGCGCGGGACGGCGACUACGAGACGCCCUCGGGAAUCACCGUCAUCCAGGCUUCCGAAGACAUGGGUCAGGAGGAGCCGACGGUGGGGGCGGUGGUGGAGGACAACCCGAUCCUGUGGACCUGGUUCGUCAUCGCCGUCAUGGCCUCCGUCACGAUGAUCUGCGUCGUGUUCUUCUCGAUGUGGGUGUACAGUCACCGCAUGGCCCGCGUGGCUGAGCUGCGAGCCAGCCUGUACGAGGGCUACGAGCCCGCGCAGCCCGAGCCCACCAAGAAGGACGCGGACGUGGAGGCCGCCAAGCCGGAGGAGGUCGUCGAGGACGAGAUGACGGCCAACUUCCAGCGCAAGCAACUCGCGGCCAUGAUGAAGCGCCAGGAGACCGUGCAGAGCGUGGACUCGUUCGCCUCCCACGACGACGACUUCGCUGAGUACGGCGACGAGAGCAUGGGUCGCUUCACCGACGACGGAUCCCUCAUCCACCAGCGAGUGUGAGGGGCGCCGACGCCGCCGGAGCUCGGAGCGCGCGCCGACGCCGAGGACGACCCCGCCGUGACAUCCAGCUCGUCUUCAGACUUCUUCUCAGAGACAAAUUCCUCUCGCCAGAGUUGCGGCGCCUCUCUCACGCCAUCACAAUCCUGUCAUCAUCAGCCAUCUCUCUCUCAUCACCAUCGCUUUUGUGUCAUCGCGAGUUCAGACCCACUCGGGGCGGUAGGAUUCAAGCGAUAUGGCUUCCUGGGCUUCCUCUUCAUUGAUCCUGUAUCCAUGAUGUCUUGUCAUGAACUCGCGUGUCUGAGUUCAUUUUAUUCCGAGGGAUAGGCUUCUGGGGAAGUGUACGUAAGUGUGUGUGUGUGUGCGUGCAUUGGUGUGCGUAGAUGUACACGCAUGCACUAACAUGCGUAUAUACACCAAUGCAUUUUCCGUUUUUUCUGAUAUUUAAGAGCAGCAUUUCAUAAACUUACUACUUUCCCUGGGCAGUCACUAUGAAGACAUGAGUCAUCGCAUCUCUACCGUGCCCGGAAUACCCCAAAUAACACCCAGUCUUUGUCUAGGCUGUCAUGUCACUGACUGUUGAACUGCGUCUCCCUGUUCAGAUGAGUCUAUAUGAUGCUUUAAACAAAAAUAGUUGUUUGUGAAGUGAAGAGUUUGUCACAGAACAGAAGUCGGUCCUUCGUUUGAGAGAACGAAGCAAAAUUUAUAGAGCGCUAGUUACCUGGCAAAGUGGGACUAAUGACUUCCUUGGAAUGGUCGAUGGACUGAGAUGGUGUAUGUCAUAUAACUAGAUGUCAUUCUAUAUCAGAAAAUGUUUGCUGGUGUUCCUGUAGGUACAACUACCCCCACGUAGACGCCCCUGAAGCAUGCGGAACACAGCCAGUGGGCGGCCUGGUCGGUCUCCGCAGCCCCAACCAUAGGCUGACAAACCAACAUGAAAGGGAAUCUGUAAAAGGAAUGGCGCAGCUGCCUUACAGAGCGCCCGCUCACUGUGCCGAGCGGUGCGACGUCUUAUUUUACUUAUUCCCGCUAAAUGUUCUGGUGAAGAGAACAAAUGCAUUCGGGAAACAGCCCCAGAGUGUUUCAAUGUUAUUUCCAUUUUGCAAAUUCGAAUUUGAUUUUUAUAUAACAAAACAAUAUAAGCUACGCAACAAAUAUAUUAGUUUGUUAAUGAAAGAUAAAUGAAUAUAUAUAUAUAUAUACAUAAAAAAAACUUGUCUAGUACUUAGUGCCUUUUGCGUGGCGUCACACACCAUCUAGUAGUAUUACACUACUGAAACAGUCAUAUGAAUUAAGGCUUCUGCUUAGCCUUAAGAUGUCUAAACCCAAGUGAUGGCCAUUUGAAAUGCCUGCAACUUGCACUGAGGUCUGACCCGUCAUCUCACACGCAUGUCAAGUGAGCAGCCACAUGUCAUGUGACUUUGCGCGCCAUCUGUGUUACGUGUAACCUCGUCGAAAGUAGCUUCAUCUGUUUCCCGUCACCUCUCGGGCUCUUCAGCAUUCUGGUGACAGGCGGCCAGAGCUCUCGCUCGAGGUGGUCGACUCGAGGAGGACCUCUCCACGGCUGCACGUUCGCCUUCAGGAUUCGAGGCGCCCGGCCUUGCCGGUGGCAUAAACUCAUCAUGGAAAUGAUACUGGAGAAGUGACUCAUCCUGUGUGUAACGUUAUAAAAGUCAGUCCUGUGAAUAUUGUUAUUAAAGUGGUUGUCAGAUAUGCAACAUUUUCAGAUUUUAUAUUUGUGUACAACACUUUCUUACUGGUGUUCAGUCUUGUUCGAAGAUGGAAACUGGCUUAAGGUUCGGAAUUACAGGCCCGACCUUGCGUUUAGCUGCAAAGAGGCACUUUACAGCUUACAAGGCACUCUUCUUGAAAAGCAUGUUGGGAGGUAGCGUGAUGCAUCUCCGAUAAGGACAGUGUUGUUGAUAUGAUUAUUUCAGUAUCAGUGUCAGUACUCAAAACUUCAUUCAUACAAAGUAUUCUGUUAGACCUCGUGCUGGUUACAGGUAUUGUUCUCUGAAAGUUACAUGUAUUUUUUUUUUUUUUAAAUCCCGUGCUGAACCUUGUAAAUUUCAUACUUGUGUUGGAACUGUAAACCAUUGAUAACUUAUUUGUGUACUGUUGGUCUUCCGUGAAACUUCCUUUUAAAAGGAUAUAUCAAUACUGACAUACGGACAUAGCGUUAAUAUCUAUUUUCCCUGUAGCGGUGUGUGUAUGGACAGGAUGUGCGUCAGAGAAUAUGAUGCUGUAAGGCUGCGGCUGUGUGUGCCACGCCAGUUGGAUCUAUUCUUUUCACUGAAUGUGUAAAAAAAAUGUUAUUCAUUAUGUAAAUGUGUAUUCCCACAUGUAUGUCAUGCCUGUGUACAAGACUACAGUAAACUGAUCCCAACGAUUUCUUUGCAUUACAAACAUUCUAAUCCUAUUUCAGAUAGAUUACAUUCAAUGUCGUGUACUGGGAGCUUGUACUUGCAUAACUCUACGUACGCUGUACAAAAGAUGCAUGUAAUUUUGUACAUAAAUGUAGAUAUACUUGUGAAUAUAUAUGAAGUGUAUCUGUAGAUGUAUGAGGUACAUGUUAACGCAUGCCAGGAGUGCAUUUUCUUAUGGAAAAAAUAGGAUAGAAAAUAUUACCAAUGAAUUUACAGUAACAAGAAAAAAUAAAAGAAGGUAUGAAGAGGAUCCAAAGUCCAAUACCGAUAAAGGGGAUCGAUAUCUGCCGUAUGCUUCUACACAGGAUACGUCGAACGCCGCUUGGUACCUCCGCGCUGCCACGCCGUCGCGCAGGUCAGCAGUCAGCGUUUGUGCGACGAAAAGACGACCUCGGAGAAGUGUAGAGGCGAGGUGUGGCAGAAAAAGGAAGUUGAUUAUGUGAAGCGUUAUAUAUGCUUGUAUCUGAAAAAAAUACAUCCUCGUCCUCCUGUUCUUCUUCCCUUAUCUUUUCUUCUUAAUAUUUCAAAUUUCCAAUAAAGAGUUCUGUUACAAGAAA